UCCCCUUCCCGCAUUUACGUAUUUUCUCAUUGCCAUGUUAAUUCUCCCACUUUCCUAGCCUAUCCCGUCCUUCUUCCUGGCAAGUUUUGAAUGAAUCAUCAUUCAUAUUCUUCAUUCACCAAUGCAAUCGCAGUCCUUUCCCCUGCAUACAGAUCUCGCUUCCUUAACUGAAUAACGAUCAUUACUCUCUUGAUUCUUUUUUUCUAAUAGAAUUGCUGUUCAAUUCAUGAUCCCUGCCGGGAACCAUGUUGCAUUCCGAUAUGGAUAUGGACUCAUCGGACGCUCUCCGCUGCAAGCGUAACGACGGUGCUCGGUGGCGCUGCAAGGAGUUGGCCUCGCCUGGGAAAUCUUACUGUGAGAGGCACUUGAUCCAACUCAUGAAGCAAAGUUUGAAAAAGGUGCGGAAUUCUGGUGAUAGAAGUUUCUAUUCCGGGGGUAGUAGAGUUACGGAGGAGGAGGUGAGACCACGAUUUGGAUCGCAAGGGGAAGAGAGUCAGGAUGAGCUAAAGCGGAAUGGAAAUAUGGUGAGGAAGCAGAAAAUGCACCUCUCUAAUUGUGAUAGAGAGAACAUUCCUUUAAAGGAGGUUACAAUCGCUAUAGAUUCAGGAAAAUCUGAAUUCACGGCUUCCAAAUUGAGUAACGGCAAGGAUAGGGCGGAUUCUGCGAAAAGGCAUGGCACGUCUGCGAAGCGAAAGAGAAUUCAUGUUGUAACGAAUGGAAAAUCGGCCGAGACGGAUUUGCCAAAUAAAAAGAACGGUGGGAGUUUGAUGUGUCAUCAGUGUCUGCGGAGUGAUACAAGUGGGGUUAUCUUUUGUUCAAAUUGCCAAAGAAAACGGUUCUGCUAUAAGUGUAUUGAACGAUGGUACCCUGAUAAAACAAGGGAGGAUGUUGAGAAUGCAUGUCCAUGUUGCCGUGGUCACUGUAAUUGCAAGGCUUGCUUAAGAGAGUUUGUUGAGUUUGCUCCUAAAGAAUUGGAUGCAAGUGUAAAAGUAGAGCGAUUAAAAUUCUUGCUACACAAGGUUCUGCCUAUUCUCAGGCAUAUUCAAAGGGAACAGAGUUAUGAACUAGAGGUUGAAGGCAAUAUACAGGGUGCUCAAUUGAAAGAAGUGGAUGUAAAAAGAAUCAAACUGGUUCAAUCAGAGCGCAUGUAUUGCGACAAUUGCAACACUUCGAUCUUCAAUUUUUACAGAAGCUGCUUCAACCCAAACUGUUCUUACGAUCUCUGUCUUAGCUGCUGUAAAGAGUUGAGGGAAAGUUUCCAUUCUGAAGGUAGAGAAACAAAUAUUUAUUGCAAAGUUUUUAGAAAUAAAUUUUCUAGUCAACGACAUCAUAAGUGCAUCAAUGUGAUGGCAGGAAGAGAGUGUCGGACAUCCACAUCUAAGACUUCUGUAGGUGGCAUGUCAUCUAGUUCCCAGGUUUGGAGUGCGAAUCCUGAUGGUAGCAUACCAUGUCCUCCAAAAGAACAUGGGGGUUGUGGGAUUGCAAGUUUGGAGUUGAGACGUUCCCUUAAAGCUGAUUGGGCUACAAAGUUAAUUGAAGGAGCAGAGGGGCUUACAAGUGAUUACACAGUACCUGAUACUUGUUCUUCUGAAGGCUGUUCAUCAUGCUGUCUUAAUAGUAAUGAAGUCAGACAAGCAGCUUUCAGGGAAAAUAGUCACGACAACUUCUUAUACUCCCCAAAUGCUGAAGAUAUAGUGGAUGGCGAUGUUAACCAUUUUCGAAGCCACUGGAUGAAAGGUGAACCUGUUAUUGUCAGAAAUGUUCUUGACAAAACAUCCGGUCUUAGUUGGGAACCUAUGGUUAUGUGGAGAGCUUUUAGACAAACAGGUGCGAAUGUGAAGUUCAAAGAGGAGACAUGCAGUGUGAAAGCCAUUGAUUGCUUGGAUUGGUGUGAGGUAGAGAUAAAUAUCCACCAGUUUUUUGUGGGUUACUUAGAAGGCCGUAUGCACAGAAAUGGAUGGCCAGAAAUGUUGAAGCUAAAGGAUUGGCCUUCAUCAACUUCAUUUGAGGAGCGUUUGCCUAGGCAUUGUGCCGAAUUUAUUGCAGGACUUCCUUUCAGCGAAUAUACCCACCCAAAAUAUGGUCUUCUGAAUCUUGCUACCAAACUUCCUGAAGGCUCACUGAAGCCCGAUAUGGGACCCAAAACUUAUAUUGCAUAUGGAUUUCAGGAGGAGCUGAGCAGAGGUGACUCUGUAACAAAGCUUCACUGUGAUAUGUCUGAUGCGGUAAAUGUACUGACUCAUACAAGUAAAGUUAAUAUUAAGACCUGGCAACGUGCUUUCAUUGAAAAGAGGCAAAAACGUUUUGCUGCUGAAGAUCGUUCUGAACUAUAUGGUGGAAUAAAAAGUACAUCUGAUGAUACAAUAAGGGAUUCUGAAAGUAAACAAAAUCAAGUUGCAGGUCAGAAGUCGUGCUUGAUGGGUUUAGAUGCAACUUUUAGAAAAGGAGUUACAAAACCUGUCAAAUGUGCAAAUGCAGAUCCAUCUAUGACUGAAAAACCAAUAGGAGAAUCAAAGUCGCAGAGCAGAGAACAAUUUGACGAACAUGAAUAUAACUCUUCCAAUUUAACGGAUGUUACUAUCAGAAAUUUAUCUGUAGAUAUGUGUAGUACUGGUUCUUCGGCUGAUAUCUCUUGUCCAAAUGGACCUAAGACUGCUCAGAAAGUAGUUAUUGAAUGUUCCCCCAGUCAGCACUGUGGUCAAUCUUCUAAUGAUACUGGUAAAAUUCAUCAUGAAACUUAUGAUUCAGAAAAAGCCUCAAUGUGUAAUGAAGUUAAUGAUCUAGGAUCAAAAGAUUCAAUUAUGAAUGGGGCAGAUGGUCAUUUAGUAGAUGAUGAAAAAAUGGAGGUUGCUACUGGUGGAGCUGUUUGGGACAUUUUCCGUAGGCAGGAUGUUCCCAAGAUAGUCGGGUACUUAGAAAAGCACCAGAAGGAAUUUCGUCAUAUAAAGUGCAAACCUGUAAAUUCUCUUGUUCAUCCAAUUCAUGAUCAGACCAUUUUCUUUAAUGCAAAACACAAGAAGCAGCUGAAGAAGGAGUUUGGUGUUGAACCCUGGACAUUUGAACAAUUCAUUGGUGAGGCAGUUUUCAUUCCAGCAGGAUGCCCUCAUCAAGUUCGAAAUAGACAGUCGUGCAUAAAAGUAGCUCUGGACUUUGUAUCCCCGGAGAAUGUGGAAGAAUGCUUUCGGUUAACAGAGGAGUUCCGUUCCCUCCCAAAACCACAUAGAGCUAAGGAAGAUAAAUUGGAGGUUAAAAAGAUGACACUUUAUGCUGCAAGUUCUGCUAUUAGAGAGAUCAGAGAACUGCUGUUAAAGCUUGACUGAGAAAUCCUUCCAGUUUCUUUUUGAGUAACACGGGAAAAAUAGACGCUUCAAUCCUCCCAGAUACGAGCCACACGCUCAGUUGGCAAAAUUACCUGCAGUGUUGGUAGCCCGUCAUAAUGUUUAUAUGUGGAAAGGUGAGGAUAUCUAUGGAGCAACUUUGAAGUCGGCUCUCUCUUAUUCAAGAAGUUGUGGAAGGCUGAAAAUAGAAAGCUAAUAUUUUAGCUAAUGAAUAAACUGGCAAAAAUUCCCUUCUUUAUUAGACAGCAGAAGAAAUGUGGAUGCUGAUAAAGAGCUUUCUCGAACUUUAGAACACCGGAUCAUUUGAAGUAGAAUGGAGGCUUCAUGAUUAAUGGCCAUGGAAUACUGUAGAAGCUUACUACAGUUUUUUUCAUUGCCGUGGUAACAACUUGAUCUUUGUGUGAACUGUGAAUGAAAAUGUUCAAAUGUCGAUGCAAAAGGAAAAUUUUCUCUAUGCCUUAGGAGACCUAGAUGCGAUUUGGUAGAGAUCUCGGUUGUCAAGCCUCUACCUAAACAUCAGAGAAGUAUUGGCUGAAGUUAGCAGGGAAUAGUCGGAAAAAAUUAAUGUCGGGGACUUCCUCAGCUUCGGCAUCCCCUCUUAGAUUUGAGUAGAGGGACCAUUCUUCAAGGUUCUUGUAACUAUGGAUAAUCCAGCUUAGUUUCUUGAACCUCUUGUCAAAAAGGUACUCAAAAACUGCCAUUGAAAAGGGAAAUUGUAGUAUGGAUAUUGCAAGAAAACCAACUACUCCAAGGAAAUAUGUUGAGAAAUCCAUGGCAAACCAACCAAUUCGGAGACCAGCUAGGGUCCUUAAGAUUGAAAGAAAAAGCACAUCGAUUAGCACAUUCUCCCGCAGAAGAUAUAGUAAGAUAGAGCACAAGCAACUUGUUCAAUAAAGGGUUGAUCGGUUUACAACAAAAACUCAUUGGACAAACUGCUUCUUUAUUCCGAUCUUCUCAGCAAGUUUCAACUACCACAACUAAUGAUCAUACUGCCUCAUUGUGUAGGAAGGUUUUGAGUUCGAGGCGAGGGUAGUAGAAGGUUGGCAGUGUUAAGGAGUGCUCAAACCGCUACAUUCUUAAACUAAGAAUUCUACAAGCAUAACUUAAAUUGAUAGUGGCGUGGAAGAACUUGAAGAGGAAUCCAUCUUGUUUACUCGACACACGGAUCAUGGAUGCAAAGUGAUCGGACCGUGUUCUAACACCAUUUUUGUUCAACGUCAUUGGACAAUGUAAAGGUUUGAUAGAAAAUUUUGGUGGCUUCUCUUCUAAAAUUGCAUCUUAAAACAUGCAGAAUGGGUUAAAUUUUGCUUCUCAUAGGAUAGUUUCUGCAUACGGUGAAGCAAGCAAUUGUUGGUAGUCCUCUACAUUUUACUACGACAUCUAGACUUUAGUAUAUAGGCCUGUUUUGAUGAUGGGGAAAAACUCAUCUCCCAAUGAAAUAAGAUGCAAUACUUCUAGGUGAAAUGGAAAUAAAAUGAUUAUCAAACGAAAUUUAUGCUAAGUUAUGGUUUUUAUGUAACACAGCUCUGGUUCUUAAAAUUA